AUGGAGAUCGAUGAUGGAAACUUUGGGUUCCAACUCCCCUGGGUUCUUUAUGAGAUUUCGUGCAGUAUCUUUGUGGCAAUCGACCUUGAGUUGUCAGGAAUUCCCCUCAAGAUGAGAGGCAACCUGCGCGUCGGUCACGACGCUCAAACCAAUGAGGAGCGAUAUGCCGAGGUCAAGGAUGCCGCGAAGAGAUACCAAAUUCUUCAGAUCGGGCUGACAACUUGCCGCGAAGACAAGACUAAUGGCACAUACGUCGUCAAGCCUUACAACUUGAACCUCAGUCCCAUUAUGGACCGGGGACUCAACCGCGAGUGUAACUUCAACGGAUGGACCACCACCUUUCUUAUGAACAACAAUUUCGACUUCAAUAAGAUGUUCAAAAGUGGCGUUCGCUACUUUUCCCGUGAGGAAGAGCAGAUGGCCAACGCAGCUAGUGAAAAAAGUUCUUCCCCAUGGCUGCCCAGCAACUCCCUCAAAAUCCCUCACCCUUCUCAGAAUCAGGACCUGACCAAGGAGCAGAAAUGGCUUGUGCACUCGCUCGUCGAAUACGAGUUUCCUCUACUUAUGUCGCGCACCCGGUUUUCGUGUGUGGAAGUCCUGGCAAAGGUCACUGAUGGUGUUGACCAGUACCUGGAGGAUCAAACUAAAAAGCUCAACUCGGAUCUCAGUGGCAUCCGCAAGUCAAUUGGAGCUCGCUGGUUGUUUGAGGCUCUAGCUGGCGGAGACAUGUCGUCAAUCCCAACCCAUGUCUUUAGCUCGCUCAACGUGACCAAGGUUGACGGCGAAAACAUGCCGGCGUCGAAGGUUGAAUCGAUUAUCAAGGAGCGACUCCGCACUCCUCCCAUUCUGGUGGGUCACAACUGCUUCCUAGACCUGGUCUACUUGUACCAGUGCUUUGUAGGCGAGCUGCCUGACACACUUCCGGAGUUCCAGGCGAGAAUCCACCAUCUUUUCCCGAUGGUUGUCGACACUAAAUACCUGGCAACACAAGAGACUGGCGAACGAGCAGGGUCGUCUCUGGAGGAUGUCACCCGCGCUUUGGCCGAAGUCAAAUUCCCUCAGAUCGACAUUCACAGCCUGCACUGCAAGUACUUGUUUGGAGAGCACGGAGUGAAGAAGAAGGACCAGUGCUCUUCCCUUCAAGGUCUACAGUUGAUCUCUGCUGAGAUUCCUGAUAUUGAGCGCCUUACGGAUGAUCUCAAGGAAUACUCGAAUAAAGUCAGGCUUCACGAGAAGCUCAAGGUGGAGGCAAUAGUUUCUGACGAGGAUUCAGUGGAGUUUGUAGAGACCUGGGCUCACGAGGGCGCCUAUGUUUUCAAGGAUUCAGACCGCUGCGCAGUCCCUUACAAGGAAUGUAGCUUUUGGGGCGUCUAUGGAAACCGCUUGUGUACUUUCGGAACCGUUGAGAAGAUCAUCGAGCUGUAG